AUCCAACUGGGAUUUCAUUUUCCACAAGAGGAAAAAAAGGAUUUAAUUUACAAUUUGCCCCGAGCUUUUUCAGUUCCCAUUCCGGCGACGGGAACGGUGCCGGAAACGGAGACGGCGAAGGGGCAGAGGGAGAAGCUCCAAAACCCUACUCCACUUUCCCCUUCUUAGAAAGUCACCGAUACUUUACCACUCGUUUCGCAAUCUCAGUACAUUCACCUCCGCCUGAAAACCAAAAAAUGUCCGCCGAAUCAUCUUCCGGUUACGGCCCAGUGCCCAUCCCUGCCGCUCCCCGCUCGACAUUCACGUCCCGGACCCAAGCCCUAAUGGCAGCGCGCCGUCCCUGGCGGGAGCUCUUCGAUUUCUCCGCCUUCUCCCGGCCCUACAGCUACGGCGAGGCCAUGUCCCGCACUCGCCGCAACCUCUACUACUUCCGCUUCAACUACGCCUUGGUGAUGCUGAUCAUACUGUUCCUCAGCCUCAUUUACCACCCUUUCUCCAUGAUCGUUUUCUUGGUAGUGUUCGUCGCCUGGUUGUUUCUCUACUUCUUCCGCGACGAACCCGUCGAGCUCUUCAAUCGGACGCUCGACGAUAGGGUUGUUCUGGCGGCGCUGAGUUUGGUCACAAUCAUCGCCUUGGUUUACACUCAUGUCGGUUUGAAUGUGUUGGUGGCGCUGAUAAUUGGGAUUGUGGUUGUUGGAUUGCACGCCGUUUUUAGGGUUACGGAGAACUUGUUUCUUGACGAGCAGGAGGCGGCUGAGGGAGGGUUGCUCUCGGUGGUUGUUAGUGGCAAUGAGUUUUAACAGUUCUUAUAGAACGGGUUCUUGUUGUGGUUGUGGAUUUGAUGACAAUUUUGGGCCUUCAUGAUUCUACUACAAAUUGGUCGAUUGCGGAUUUUAGUUUUUGUCUCCCCUUAAUUCCUUUGUCAAUUUGAAUGAAUUUGGUUGCCGGUGAUUUCAUGACGGUUGCUACAUGCUUGUCUCUUGGUGAUCCCUCUUUCUCUAACCUGUGGCUAUAUUUCCUUUUGGUGGCGAUGAUGAAUUUGUAUUGUUGGCAAACCGGCGUAUUAUUGGUCUGGUUUGCCCGUGAAAUAGAUAAUAGAAACCGUCUACCAAGAAACAGUGUCUAAUUCAAAUGUGGCUUCCUUUCCUUACAAAGGCGGCAAGAAGGAAGAUUCUCUUCCCUAGAUGAAAUCCCCUUCUGUAGUUAUUCCUGUUACUUGAUUUGUACAGUUGAAGGAUGGAUCGGGCCCGUUAAGUAUCAAAUAUUUUGAAUUGUUGUGUUCUUGAA